GAAGCAACAUGGCGGUUUCGUCCGAGCAGAAAUUUCCGACCACUCAUUUUGUCCGAGAGCUUGAGAAAAAUGACGGCUCUGUUCUGAAGAUAUAUCAGUCCAGCACAGGCGACGUAGGAUGCGUGGUUUGGGAUGCGGCCAUUGUGUUAUCAAAAUAUCUUGAAACCGAUCAGUUUUGUAAUUCCCGGUCCGGUGUCAGUACAUGGGCCUCUAAACACAUGAUCGAGCUGGGCGCAGGGACAGGAGUGGUGGGUCUCAUGGCCGCCUCUCUGGGAGCCAAUGUCACUGUGACAGAUCUGGAGGAUCUCCAACCUCUCCUUGAACUAAACAUCCAGGAAAACCGAGAGCUCCUCAGUACAGGCUCAAUCACAGCCAAGGUACUGAAAUGGGGUGAAAAUGUGACAGAUGUUUUGCCACAUCCAGAUUACAUUCUAAUGGCAGACUGCAUCUAUUAUGAACAGUCUGUGGUCCCGCUGGUGGAGACAUUGACGCUCCUGGCUGGACCUGAGACCUGCGUCAUCUGCUGCUAUGAGCAGCGCACUAUGGGAGUUAAUCCUCAAGUGGAGAAGAGGUUUUUUGACUUGGUGUUGCAAGACUUUGAAGCUGAAGCGGUGCCAGCUGAAAGACAAGACCCUGAGUUUAACAGUCCCGACAUCCACAUUCUCCAUCUACGGCGCAGACACAGCUGAAUGGCUUCCAUGCAAAUAGUGUGCAAGUUUGUGUAUCCAAACCUGCCAACCUUUAUAUAUUUUGUUCCACAGUUUAACAUCACUGCUAUGAGUUAUCACUCAAAAAUACACCAUGAGAUUAUUUCCACCAGUACCAAUGGCAGAUAUCAACAUAUGAAUGUGUAGGGUUCACGGUUCAUGGAUUUUAAACUCUCCGAUGUUAACUGACCCCCCUGGAAGCCCCAACUGUCGUGAUACGAUUUUCCUGUAUGAAAGAUGAGGCACAGAGAUGAAUGGAAAAUGUUUUAAGUUCACUGAUGUGAAAUAAAAUCUGUCAAUAUAUGUUUGACUUGGCUAACAUUUAGACACAUAUACUGUAGUCAACAUUAGUUGACUACAGUAUAUAAAUAUUUAUUUAUAAUACUGUAAGGAAAUAAAUAUUUAUUGGAAAAUGGUCAAAAACUGCACUCUUUCAUCUGAAAGAGAAAAAAGUCUGAAAACUGACCAACAAUGAAGUGUAAAAUCCAACACUACAAAUAAUAGUUAUGAUAACAUAUUAUUCCUCUUUGGGGUUGGCAGGUGUAUGUUAUUGGAGGACAGGUAGGGUGUAAAUUAUACGUUUAUGAUUGUGUUUUAAUGCAGCUCCGUUAAAAGUUUCAUCUAGUUAAGAAUAAAUAGUAAAUGUCCUACCUUCUAAAAUAGUACUUAAGGCAUACAAGCUUGUUUGAUCCUAACGGACUGUAAUAAAUCAUUUUCAGGCACUGUGGCGUGAUGCCAUUCUUUGAGUCUCUGUCUUCAGACCCUGUCUCCUGACUCUGUUUAGACAGAUGGUACUUUUUUCCCCCUCAUCACUGUAUCCAAUCCAGUCUUUUUUCCUUGAAGUCAUUAAAAUAUUUUCCAUCCGUC